AAAUUUGGCUCGCAAAACUGAAAAGCAAAGUCCCAAUUUGGCCAAAAGAAAAAUAAAAAGAAACCGAAAACAAAAAUAAAUAAAAAGAAGAAGAAGAAAGUCUCUCUCUCUGUCUCCCUGUCUCUCUCGGUGUGUUAAAACUCUUUUAUCUAUGCUUUUGCGCUGUUGAUUGUGUGUGUCUGUCCGUUCGACAAUUCCAGGUUUUAAUGAAUGAAUGAAGUGGCUUAAUCGAUCCACUCAAUUUCCAAGACUUCCUUAAACACGCACCCAUCUCAUGUUUUCUUGCCUCUUCUAGGGUUUCUUUCUUCCUUUUUUGUUCACUCUCCUAGGGUUCUUAAAAACAACUAGAAUAUACAAACCCAUAUAUAAAUAAAAAUCUUAUAUGAAAAUAACAGCUCUCAAAAGUGGUUGAUUAGUAUUUUUUAUCUCACGAAGUGGUGAUUGGGAUCGGAGUGAAAGAAGGCAAUAUCUCAGUUCAGCUGUGAUGAUAUUUGGUUCGAUCGAGCAUUUGUUGGAAUGGUAAUUAGAGUUAAUCUCGAAGAAUCAAGGUUUCAAAGAUGCAUUUCACAAAGCUCGAUGACUCUCCUAUGUUUCGCAAGCAGAUGCAAUCACUGGAAGAAGAUGCCGAAUCAUUGAGGGAGAGAAGUUUAAAGUUCUACAAAGGAUGUAGAAAAUAUACUGAAGGGCUUGGAGAGGCAUAUGAUGGGGACAUUGGUUUUGCCAGUGCUUUAGAAACUUUUGGUGGAGGGCAUAAUGAUCCUAUUAGUUUGGCUUUUGGAGGCCCUGUUAUGACCAAAUUCACCAUAGCCUUGAGAGAAAUUGGGACAUACAAGGAAGUUCUCCGAUCCCAGGUUGAGCACAUGCUGAAUGACAGAUUACUACAAUAUGUCAACAUUGAUUUGCAUGAGGUGAAGGAAGCAAGGAAGCGUUUUGACAAGGCUAGCCUUCUUUACGACCAGGCUCGUGAGAAGUUUCUGUCACUGAGGAAAGGCACGAGGUCUGAUAUAGCUACUCUUUUAGAGGAGGAGCUUCAUAAUGCAAGGGCUGCAUUUGAGCAAGCUCGCUUUAAUUUAGUAACUGCUAUUUCUAAUGUUGAAGCAAAAAAGAGGUUCGAAUUUUUGGAAGCAGUCAGUGGGACAAUGGAUGCUCAUCUACGUUACUUCAAACAGGGCUAUGAGCUUUUGCAUCAAAUGGAGCCAUACAUUCAUCAGGUUUUGACUUAUGCUCAACAAUCAAGAGAAAGGUCUAACUAUGAGCAGGCAGCUCUCAAUGAGAGGAUGCAAGAGUACAAGAGGCAGAUUGAUCGUGAGAGUAGAUGGUCUUCCAAUGGUUCUAAUGGAUCUCCAAAUGGAGAUGGUAUACAAGCCAUUGGUAGAAGUUCACACAAAAUGAUAGAGGCUGUUAUGCAAUCUGCUGCAAAGGGGAAGGUUCAAACUAUUAGACAAGGUUAUCUGUCAAAACGAUCCUCUAGCUUGAGAGGUGACUGGAAAAGAAGAUUUUUUGUUCUCGAUAACCGAGGAAUGCUUUAUUACUAUCGCAAACAGUGCAGCAAACCUUCUGGUUCUGGGGGUCAACUUUCUGGUCAAAGGAAUAGCUCUGAGCUUGGAUCUGGAUUGUUGGGUCGGUGGCUUUCUUCUCACUAUCAUGGUGGAGUGCAUGAUGAAAAGUCUGUCGCACAUCACACCGUGAACCUUCUUACAUCAACAAUCAAAGUUGAUGCUGAUCAGUCAGAUCUGCGAUUUUGCUUCAGGAUCAUUUCACCAACAAAGAACUACACAUUGCAGGCAGAGAGUGCACUGGAUCAAAUGGAUUGGAUUGAAAAGAUAACUGGGGUUAUUGCUUCACUACUUAGCUCUCAAGCACCUGAGAGGUGUCUCUCGGCUAGUCCCCUGGGAAGCGGUCAUCAUCGGUCUGCCAGUGAGAGUAGUUCAUUUGAAAGUACUGAUUUUGAUCCUUCUGCUGUCGAUGAAUAUACAUCUGAGAGGAGCCUUGCUGCUUUACAUGAACGAGCAUUGAGAAGUUCACAACAGCAGCGAGCCAGUGCAGAGAAGCCGAUUGAUGUGUUGCAAAGAGUUUGUGGAAAUGAUAAAUGUGCUGAUUGUGGUGCCCCUGAACCAGAUUGGGCAUCUUUAAAUCUUGGAGUUCUUGUUUGCAUUGAAUGUUCUGGUGUUCACCGUAAUCUUGGUGUGCAUAUAUCAAAGGUAAGGUCACUUACACUUGAUGUCAAGGUGUGGGAGCCUUCGGUCAUAAGUUUGUUCCAGUCUCUCGGAAAUGCCUUUGCUAACUCAGUCUGGGAGGAAUUAUUGCAGUCAAGAAGUGCCUUGCAGGCUGAACUCAUCCCCUCAGGCUCAUUCAAGUCGGAUAAACCACAGCUGCUUUUCAUCAGCAAACCCAAUCCUGCUGACUCUAUAUCAAUAAAGGAGAAGUUUAUCCAUGCAAAGUAUGCAGAAAAGGCAUUUGUUCGCAAGCCAAGAGACCACCAAAAUACUCGGUCAGUGGCACAACAAAUCUGGGAAGCUGUUCGUGCUAAUGACAAGAAGGCUGUAUACUGGCUUAUUGUUAAUCACGAAGCAGAUGUCAGUGCUGUGUAUGAGCAAGCAUCUUGUAGCUCUUCCCUGACACUUGCUAAAACAAUGCUAUUGCAAGAGCUGGCCAACCCUGACGAUUGCUGCUCUAGCUACUCAACAGGGAAUUCGGUGGAUAGGUCUUCGACCAUCUCUUUAAACUUUCCAGGUACAACUGAAGGCCAGACCUUGGAGGAUGUAGAUGGGUGUACCUUGCUUCACAUCGCUUGUGAAACUGCUGACAUUGGCAUGCUAGAACUUCUCUUACAGUAUGGUGCAAAUAUAAAUUCAACUGAUUCGGGAGGUCAGACGCCACUCCACCGUUGUAUUCUUAGAGGCAGAGCUGGACUUGCAAAAAUGCUCCUCACAAGGGGAGCAGAUCCACGUGCUGUCAAUGGCAAAGAUAAAACCCCACUUGAGCUUGCGGUAGAGUCCAAAUUUGAUGAGAGUGAGGUCCUUGCUCUAUUAUCAGACUCUAAUGGCUGACAUGCUCGAAAUAGUAAUAUAUUUAAUAUUUAAUUGGUGAUUACAAUGAAGCUGGAGAAUUGAACAUAAAUUGGCUUUGAUAUUAUGCUUUUUUGGUAAGUGUAUUUUGCAAGUCUAAGAGCUGGUUCUCCAUUGAAGAUGUAAGCAGUGUUUGAAAUAGAGUAGAGUGGUAGGUUGGCAUGCCUGCCCCAGGGGCAUCUCUGCAAAAUUAGCUGCUCAAGCUUGUAUUGGUAAUGCCCCCCUGGUGAAGAAGGAAAGGUUCUGUAAUGUGUUUUGUUUAAUCAGCUUGUUUUGUUACUUUUGUGGUGGAGUUGAGAGGGUUUAGGUCAGGCCACUGUGUAUUUGUACAUUGGUUUAUUCUAGUGAGAGCUUUCUUGUGGCUACAA